CCGGCGUUUUGUUUUGCUGCAGAUUUUUGUGUUUAUUUUCGUUAUUCUGCAAUUGUAAAAACUAACUAUGAAGCGUAGGAGUCAAACGCAGACUCAACAAGCCACUCCGGCCAGUAACAAUACGAAGGACAAGACUGGAGCCCUCACGGUAGCCCAGCUGAACUCCGAUGUCAUUUGGCAGCUGGCAUCGCAGUACUGGACCCCAGACACAAAGGCGGAUCACCUGCCAUAUAGUGCCAAGAUCAUUGACCGCAUCUACAACGAGGAGAUCGGCGGAGGCGGUGGCCACAGUGCGCGCCGGAUUAACAUGCUGGAAUUCAGUCAGUACUUGGAACAGUAUCUGUGGCCACAUUACCAGCGAGAAACCGCUACCCAUGCCCACCUCAUGUCCAUCGUGAUAAUGGCCAACGAAAAGUUUCGGGAGCGCGUCGAGGUGUGGACCGUGUUCGAGAAACUGCCGGAUCAGUAUCCAGCCUUCUUCCGCCACGUGCUGGAGAGCUGUUUGCCUGAAAAAAAGGCCAAAGAGGCCAGCAGCACGUUGAGAGAGCGAACAGCCCUAUUGAUGUUCAUUAACCACUGUUUCAACAGCAUGGAGAUCGAGCUGUGCCGCGAACAGGCAAAGCGGUUGGUCUCCCUGUCCAUGUGGCACUGCCUGCAGCCGCGGCGCCGCGAGCAGGAGCUUCGUGAUGUGCCCGAGUGGCGAAAGUACUGGAAGCGCCUUCUCAAGAAAGAAAAGGAUAGCAAACCCGAGGUCCUCUGGGAAAGGCACUUUAUGCAAAACCUUAUCAUCGACUUCCUGCACAUCCUCGAAGGCAUUCCUGCCGAUGGCGAAGUCGCCUCUAAUGUGGUUCAUUACUGCGAGCGCUUCCUGGAGUUUAUUAUUGACCUGGAGGCUCUACUGCCAACGCGUCGCUUCUUUAAUACAGUUCUGGACGACUGCCAUCUUAUUGUGCGGGCUCUUCUAUCGCCUCUUGUUCGUCGCGAGGAGGGAAAACUGUUCGGGCAGCUACUGGAUAUGCUGAAGUUCUACACCCGGUUCGAGAUCAACGACGUCACCGGCAGCUCUCUCACCGAUCACGACAUGACCCAGCUGCACUACAAGAAGAUCACCUCGUUGCAGCGGGCGGUGUUCGCCAAGUUUCCCAGCCUACGAGUUUUUGCUCUGUCCAAUGUAGCCACAGUAGAUAACCGGGAGUCGUUGGAGCAGCACUUCGGUGGGUUAGACGGCAAGGGACUCCUCCAGAUCGCUACGUUCCUGAAUUUGGUACCCGAAGAGGUGGCGGCACCCUUGGACUGGCAUCGUGUGGAUGAGCAAUUUCUGCGCGAGCUGCUAAUAACGCGACACGAGCGGCGUUGCUCGCAGCUGGAGGCACUUAAUGAGAUGCCCCUGUAUCCCACAGAGCAGAUCAUCUGGGAUGAAAACGUGGUGCCCUCGGAAUAUUAUACCGGAGAGAGCUGUUUGGCACUGCCCAAGCUUAAUCUACAGUUCCUGACCCUUCAUGAUUAUCUGCUUCGAAACUUUAAUCUUUUCCGCUUGGAGUCCACCUAUGAAAUCCGGCAGGACAUUGAGGAUGCCGUGAGCCGCAUGUUGCCCUGGCAGUCGGAGGAUGGUGAUGUUGUCUUUGGAGGCUGGGCAAGAAUGGCCCUACCCAUAGCCAGCUUUGCGGUUGUCGAGGUGGCCAAGCCUCAUCUCGGUGAAAAGAAGCCUUCGAGAGUACGUGCGGAUGUGGGGGUGACACUGUCCGUACGUCGAGAGAUCAAGGCAGAAUGGGAGAACCUACGAAAGCACGACGUCUGCUUUCUGAUAACCGUGAAGCCAACGCAGCCAUAUGGCACCAAGUACAAACACCGAGAGCCAUUUAUUCCGCAGGUCGGUUUGGUUAGUGUGCGUGGGUGCGAGGUGGAGGGAAUGCUGGAUGCCAAUGGACGGGUCAUAGAAGAUGGUCCGGAGCCAAGGCCUCAGUUGCCAGGCGAGCAGCGUUGUUAUCGCGUGUGGCUGGACUCUAAUCAAUACCGUUUGGAUAUGGACGAUCUGCAGGAGGGUGCCGACGAUGUGUACGAAAGCUUCAACAUCCUGAUGCGUCGCAAGCCAAAGGAGAAUAACUUCAAGGCCGUGUUAGAAACCAUCCGUCAUCUAAUGAACACAGAAUGUGUGGUUCCGCCUUGGCUGCACGACAUCCUCCUGGGCUAUGGGGAUCCUGGAGCUGCCCACUAUAGUAACAUGUCCAAUCAGGAGCGCAGUCUCGAGUUCAACGAUACCUUCUUGGACUACAAGCAUUUGGAGGCCAGUUUUCCCAGCUACAAUUUGAAAUGUGAGGUAUCAGAAGAAAAGCGCCUACCGCCCUAUCGACUUAUAUUUGAGGAUGUGCCUAUCCAUAAGGAAAGCGAUGAAGACGAGAGUGAAGACAAGGUUGAGCAGGAAUUGACCAAAUCAAUUGUGGUGCAGCCAUAUAAAUACGAGGCUAGGGGACCUUAUCCCAGUGAUAAGCCCAAGCAAAACUCUAUCCCAUUUACUCCCACUCAAGUCGAAGCCAUUCGAGCAGGAAUGCAACCAGGGCUGACACUGGUGGUGGGUCCUCCUGGCACGGGUAAAACCGAUGUAGCCGUGCAAAUUAUAUCGAAUAUUUACCACAACCACCCCAACCAGCGCACACUGAUUGUGACCCACUCCAAUCAGGCGCUGAAUCAAUUGUUCGAAAAGAUCAUGGCUCUGGACAUCGAUGAGCGACAUCUGCUACGUCUCGGUCACGGAGAAGAGGCCUUAGAAACAGAGAAAGACUACAGUCGCUAUGGACGAGUCAACUAUGUGUUGGCCAAACGCAUGGACUUGCUUAGCCAGGUGCAGCGCCUGCAGGAGGCGCUCGGCGUGAGUGGGGACAACGCUUACACCUGUGAGACUGCCGGCUACUUUUACCUUUACAAUGUAAUGGCGCGCUGGGAGAAGUUCCAGAGCCAAAUGAGCGUGCACAGAGACGAGGCAGAUGCAGAGAAACUGAGAUCCGUAUUUGCGAAGGAGUUUCCCUUUAGCAAAUUCUUCGCGGAUGCUCCACAGCCUUUGUUUAAGGGUGCGAAUUAUGAGGAGCUCCUGGACACAGCCUGCUCCAACUUCCGAUACAUCUCGGACAUUUUUAACGAAUUGGAGGAAUUCCGCGCCUUCGAACUGCUGCGCACAGGUCUGGAUAGAUCUAAAUAUCUGCUCGUCAAGGAGGCAAAGAUCAUUGCAAUGACUUGUACGCAUGCGGCACUAAAACGUAAAGAACUGGUCAACCUCGGUUUUCGCUAUGACAACAUCCUCAUGGAAGAAUCGGCCCAGAUCCUAGAGAUUGAGACGUUCAUUCCCUUGCUGCUGCAGAAUCCGCUAGAUGGACUAAACCGUCUAAAACGUUGGAUCAUGAUCGGGGAUCAUCAUCAGCUGCCGCCCGUGAUUAAGAACAUGGCCUUCCAGAAGUACUCCAACAUGGAGCAGAGCUUGUUUACCAGACUCGUGCGGCUCGGGGUUCCAACUGUAGAUCUGGAUGGACAGGGUCGUGCCCGGGCUAGCAUCUGCUCGCUGUACAAGUGGCGCUACAAGAAGCUAGAAGAUCUGCAGCACAUUUUUGAGCGGGAUGAGUACAAAAAGGCAAAUGCGGGCUUUUCCCACGACUACCAGCUUAUCAAUGUGGAGGACUUCAAGGGCGUGGGUGAAAGCGAGCCCAAUCCAUACUUCUAUCAGAAUCUUGCUGAGGCGGAGUACAUUGUUGCCGUCUACACGUACAUGCGCCUGCUGGGCUAUCCCGCGGAUAAGAUCUCUAUACUGACUACUUACAACGGUCAGAAGCAUCUCAUUCGCGACGUUAUCAACGCUCGCUGUGGGAACAAUCCGCUCAUCGGUUGGCCGCACAAGAUCACCACCGUCGAUAAGUACCAGGGCCAGCAGAACGACUACAUUCUUAUAUCUUUAGUGCGCACCAAGGCGGUGGGACAUUUGCGAGAUGUGCGACGUCUGGUAGUGGCCAUGAGUCGUGCACGUCUUGGCCUUUAUGUAUUUGGGAGAGUCUCUCUAUUCAAGAACUGUCUGGAACUCCAGCAGACUUUUAAACUGCUCACACAGCGACCUCUAAAGCUAAGUCUGGUCCCAGAUGACAGCUACCCCACUGAUCGAUUAGCCAGUGCAGAUGUGGCUAGUAAAGCUAUAAAAACUGUGGAAAACAUGUCCGAAAUGGCGCAAUUCGUCUACGAGCGUUAUAUGGCCAAAAUGGAAGACCUCAAGGGCACUCUGCCUACCGAAGAAGAGCUGCUCGCCAUGCGUAACCAGCUACCCCAGGAAGACGAGGACAAUGUUGCCGAGGAAGCUACCGAGGAGCCGCCAGAGAAAAGGGCAGCCAAAGAAGCGCCCGUGUCAACGAAGAAGACAUCAGAAGCCUUUAAGCCCACGCCCAUUCUAAACGAGAUAAACGAAGAGAUGGAUCAAAGCGAACCGGUUGAACAGGUUGAAAAUGCCGAAGAGCCAACCAAGGAUUCUGUCGAAGCUACAGAGUCCUAGUUGUAGUUAUGUUGCUCAAAUAAUUUAAUUUCAAUAAGUUCCAACAAUGUUUAUGUGACAAAUGCAAAACGCAUAAACCACACACCAUAAA